UGCAGCCCUGCCCAAUAGAAUAAUUCAUUUGUUUUUUGCCUGAUAUAGUUUUUGGUGCACUACUUGGAACACAAGAAGGAAGAAGCAUGGAAAUACUGAACUCGUUUGAAUUACAAUAUGAUAUUAUUGACAGUGAUGUUAUCAUCAAUACAGAUUAUUAUCAUGCAAAGGCAGAGCAAUGUAAGUAACUAGGUUCCUGUCAAGCAUGAAUCCAGCUUGAUCUCAUAGUGGGUUGCUGAGCAGGGAUUGGUCAUGGAACUUUAUUGAAUUAUAUUUAGAAAGCAAACUAUUAGUUUCAGAAAUAUUUUUCAAACUGUGACAAUCAAACUGUAAUAAAUCAGUAGCUACAAGCCUACAAAGACUCUGUAACAUUGGACAUCUGGAGUGAAAUGCCCAUUAAACUGCAGUGCACCUAAAUAUUCCCUAUAGUAUACACCAGGACCCCCAUUAAUAGCAGUUUUUUUAAUUAACUGAAGGGGUUAUCCUAUCUAAAUAUGUUUUUAAAAAAUAAAAUAAAUACUUUGAAUUAUUAUUUUACUCGUAAUGCCAAUUGAUUUUAAUUGCCAAGGGGGACAUCAUCCAUAUGUCUGACAGGGUUGUUUUCAGGAUUUUCUCUUGGGUCUGUUUUUGCAGAGAAGAUUGAGUUUAGCUGAACAGCUGGGGGUCUAGGGCAGUUGCGGGAGGCUGACACUUGUACCCAAUAAGUGUAGUUGAGACGCAAUGUGUUAAAGCAGGGUCACUAUUAAAAGGGACACUAUAAGCUGGUUAAAGAUAGCGAAUGCGUUGUUUUUCUUCCAUUGUGAAAUGAAUUCCAGCCAUUUUUUCUUGAUUGUCAGGUUUCCAACUGAAACUAAUUUGCACACGUCACGAAUUUAACUCAAAAAACUCGUGAGAAGAUCGAGUUUCAAAACUCAAUUCAAGAUUGAGUUUUUGGGGCCGUUUUACGGUCGUAAAAAAUCCCUGAAAAAAACCCUGGUCUGACCCAAACUCAAAGUCAUCGGACAUUUUGUCAGACGGCCCUGUAAAAAAUAUUUAAGUCCUCGAUCUGUGCCAAAGUAGGUAAUGCCAACAAUAACAAAGCUUUCGUUGGUAGAGACGCAACUACCUGAAAAAUACAAGGAGAAAUUCGACGUUUCGAGUUGGGAAGUUAAUCACCUUUGUCGAGCGAAGGCCCUUCCCAACGAAGGGCUGUCACUCGAAAUGUCGAAAUUCUCCUUAUAUUUUUCAGGUAGUUGCGUCUCUACCAACGAAAGCUUGUUAUUAUUGGCAUUACCUACUUUGGCACAGAUCGCAGGCCUUAAAUAUCUUUUACAGGGCCGUCUGACAAAAUGUUAGAUGACUUUGAGUUUGGGUUGGACGGACAUAUUGAUGAUGAUGUCUGAUGACCUUCAGUUCAGUUUGGCUCGGAAAUAAGUCUGAAUGACACAAAUUAAUAUCAGCACAAUGUAUUAAUUCUGAACAGCAAGUGUUGUGAAGAUAUUAAAUAAUUUGUGUCUUAUUUCAAAGCCAAAAUUAACUUGCCAAGAAGUAAGAACAUUUUCCACUUCACCAUUUAGCUUGCUGCCCCGCCCUCGAUUACAUUGAAACAGGCAUUCUGGAAUUCCUCGAUGCCGCGAUUUCGCGGAAUCGUCCAAAAAUCGCGGAAUUCCACGAAAUUCAGUUUAAAUCGCGGAAUUUAAACUUUGGUAAAGUAAUUUUUUUUAUUUUCUCCUUAUUCACAAAAAUAUACAUUUGUGUGAUCUGAUACAAGACUUUUUUUUUUAUUUAAAGCCUUACGAACGGAGAUUUCCCCCAAAGCAGAAGGACUUUUGUUGAUAUUCAUCAUUUCACUGGUCACUAACAUUUAUUAGCAUUUUAAUUUUUAAACUUCUAGUAAUAUUCCUGCAACUGCACUUCCGGUUCACACAAUGUCAUUUGUGAUCUGUACCUUUGGAGUUCGUGAAAAAAGUUUGAUAAUGUUUGAUGACAAUUCAGUUGUUUCUAUUUCGGCUUCUCGAACUUGCUGUCACACGGUACUUCGAUUAUGAGCCGUAGAUUGAAAAUUAGUACAGCACUUAUUUGGGGAUGGCGCUCAAACAAGUAAUUACAUGCAGUUUUCACGUCGACGUCGAUGACGUACAGUCUGCUACUUUGUUUUAUGUUGGGACUCACUGUAUAAAUAUGUCAGAUUUCUUGUGAAACCGAGAACUUUUAUUCGACUUUUUAAUAUAUUUCUUACUAUCUAAAUUGAAAUGACCCUACAAUUACUGUUUAUAGCGGUAGAUUGAUAUUUUGCCCAGAAACAUCUGAAUGUUGUCGGAAGAAUUUGUCAUUUUGGCCGCGGAAUUUGUCAUUUUGGCCGCAGAAUCUCUUAUUUUGGGUGCGGAAUUGACCUAAAAAAUCCCGCGGAAUUUGCUAUUUUUACCCGCGGAAUUCCAGAAUGCCUGAUUAAAACAACAUUUCCAGUUCACUUUUCUAUACAGUACUCUGAUUCUCCAGUUAAUAUACGAGCAUCUAGUCCUGGACUACAUGAUGGACAAAGCUACAGUCGGACAAACAAAAUCUGCAUAAAUUCAUUGUGCAGGGAUAUCAUCAAUAUCCACAGUGCAUGUAGCAGAUGUCAUAUUGCCUUUUUAGGCAUACUAGUUACUGUACAUUUUUAAUGAAUACAAUUUUUGUUUCUCCUGCAGUUUCACAAGUUUUCAAAGAUUUAGAUUUUCUUGGUUGGUACACUACAGGCAAUACAGCCAAUGAAACUGAUCUCAAGGUUCAUCAACAGGCAAGUAUAACUGAUUUGAUCAUAUAGCUAACAGUCAUGUUUUCGUUUUCGUCUCCCUCUGCGAGGGAGAGAAAUCAAUAUAAUUCAUUCAUAUCGAUACCAUUCGUUUUACUGUAUAUGUUAUUAGGUAAGCGUAAUACUUGUUGUAAAGUGUGUUUGAUCAUAUCCACAUCUAAAUUUGUGUUAUAGAAAUGUUAUUUGUUAAAUGUUAUUUAUUAUGGGUUUUCAUUUACCGUACUGUAACUAUAGUAUAUAUAUAUAGUCGAUGAUCAGCCCAUUCGUAGACCGAUCAAUAUUUUUUUUAUUGAAAAUUUAUUGGACCCAAGUGGCAUUGUUAUAGUCCGUACUACUAUCUGGAAAUAUACCAUGCAUUUUGUUUGUUUACAUGCAAGUCAGUCUUAACUUGCAAAAAUGGACCUAUCGACCCGAAUUAUUAAUUAAAUCUAUCAAAUUAUUUGUAGAUGUGUCACAUAAAUGAAAGUCCUGUUUUACUAAAGCUUAACCCCAUUGCGGGCAGAAGUAACGAGGUGAGUUCAAAUUUAAAAUAAAGUAGGGAGACAAUUUCUAGUAGACAGGUUAUUUUGAAGAUAACCAUGUCAAAAAGUUUGUUUUCUCCCUAAUGUGACAUUGCACUGCGGAACGGUCGCUACCUACCCAGAUAUAUGAACAUAGUAUUGUACAAGCAUAUAGGUCAGUGCCAAAUUAAAACUGAAAAACUAAAACAAUCAUAUACAUGCUGUUAAGUAAUAAUACUCCAGUUUUCUUUUACCAGCUUCCAAUCAAUAUGUAUGAGUCGGUUAUCGACGUCGAGGAUGGCAAGGUAAUAUACUAUGAAAUGCUUAGUAAUAAGUGUGUUUCACACAAUGUCAGAGCGUGCUAAAUACCAUAAAUUAUAAGAUAAUAUGUGUGCUUACAUCAAAAUUUUUAAUGCUGUCACUGCCAGUUUCAUGCAAGGAGUGAUCUUCUGUACUGACAGGCAACUUUUUGAGGUAAGCAGCAUACUCACUCUUUGUUUAUCUGGGACCAGUUGUUCGAAAGCCGAUAUAAAUUUGGAAAUAUUUCAUCGGAAAUCUUGUCUGGAUCGAUAGGAGUUUAUUUCUCUGACGUUUUGAAAUAAUCAAACGCGUACAAAUCCACAAACCAAAGCAGCAGGUUAAAUUUUAACCGAGGGUUAGAGCUAACCCACCUUUGAACAACGGCCCCUGAUAAUCAAACCAAUGUGCUUCUGGUGAAAAUGACAGUUCUUCUGCAAUUUGUGUGAGUUUGCAUUCUGAGCGUUUUGGCUAGCCUAUUAUACCGCCUUAGGGCCGCCUAUUUAUCAUGUGUUUUGUGCUCUCAAUUGAGAGGUUCAGAUUUGACUACCACUGCCGCUACUACCAAGGGACUAGUAACCAACCAGAUACGUUUCAUUUCUUUGAUUAACCAAUCAGGUGCAGACUAAGCCAGUGAGAGGAAGUUGUAGCAGUAGCGGAAGUCAAAUCUGAACCUCUCUACCGAUUCCUUACCGACUUAAUGUUUAUCAUAAAAUGUUCACGGCCAUGUCUCAGUCUGCACGAGACGGGGACCAUGGUGUACGACGGUCAUAGUGAUGAACGUACUGUACAUGUGUGGGGGCGGGCUGAGAGGUCGGGCAAUUAUACGUGGACAGAGCCCAGGAGAACUUGCUCAGAACAGAUUCAAACUACUGUAUAUCCUUUUGCUGAAAAUUCACCUCGUUUCUUAAUGAUUCCUGGAACACGAUUGGCCCCUUCAUUGACGUUCCCGCAGCUUUGACCAAAGGACAAGACUAGUGUUUCUGCAUGCAGAUGCACUAUGGUGAAAGCUUAGCGAUUUUUUGCUUUUUGAAGUUUAUCCGUGAUAUUUUCUUAGACACGAAUGUUGUUCAUUGAGCUGCCUUUCACGUUAGCGACUGAGGAGGCUGAGAGAAUCGGUGUGGAUCAUGUCGCAAAAAUAUCAUCGACAGGAAUUGUGGAAGGAUCUGGUAGGAUUCUUAUUAGCUUCCAUUAAUAGUGGCUGAAUUAUGAUGCAUGCAUGACUUUCAUGUUAAUAAAAACGUAAACGUCUCAAAGGCUUAGAAAACUGAGAAACCUUACAGCAUGCAUGCAGAAAAAUGGUUUCCUACAAUAGAAUGUAUGUGGGUAUAUUAGUCCUAUCGAACGAGAUACCCAAAAAUCUCGAUAUUAACCUAUAUACAUUCUGCUGGCAUCACCCAUUACAUUUACAUGAAUUUGUAGUUAAUGCGCAGCAACUGAAUUCCAUCUACAAAAAAAUCCAUUAUAUCUUAUUUCUUAGUCGUGUUUUCCAAGAGUUCGCAAAUCAGGAAACAUUGUUUCGCAUAUCACGAUUGGGAACAAAAUAUAAUUAUUCUUACGUUGUUCGGAACCAUUUUGCCAAUUUCCUAAUUUCCUAUACGGCGAACAAUGGGUCUUCCCCAUCGAAAUUUCGAAUGCUACGGCAACACUGUUAACUAGUUUGACCAUGCAGGACCCACGUUUCCAUAACAGUCUGUUUAUAUAUAUGAUUAUGAAUGAAUUGUGUUCUUCAUAAUGCCACCUAACUUUAGUUUGAGCGUUUUGCCUUACUGCAUAUUGCGAGUUGUUCUUUUAAGCCAUAUUGUUUUUUUUCCAGCUUCUGAACAUUUACUAUCAAUAUAUAACUCAAUAAAGAUGUUACAUUCACGAGUCAAGAUAAUCAUGGAAUACACUAAAGCCGUACAACGUGGUAUGUUGCAUUUCCUUUUAAUAAGAAUUAUUUAUAAAUUUCAUAAGAAAAAAUUAUGAGAUAGGAGACUGGAAUAUUAUAUAUUAUUCUUGUUUUCUUGUUGUUUGAACAUUUUCACAACUGUAGGGGAGUUACAAUCCAACCACGAGAUAAUGCGUGAUAUUCUCAGUCUAACUCAACGUCUCCCAGUUAUGACUACAGAAAUGUUUAAAGGUGACUUCUUUAAUGUAAGUAUUGUUUCAUACUGAGGAUUUUUUUUACGAAUAUAUGGUUAAUUGUUUAUCAAGGCCCGUAGAUGUGCUGGACCAAUACGAAAAAUUUCUCAACCAAACUAAACACGUUUAUAUAUAUAUAUAUAUUGUGUGUUUUAUGAUGAUGUUUUCGGUUUUCAUUAGAAAAUGUUUGGCUGCAUUCCAAAACGCAAGAAAUGCCAUUUCGUAAUGCAUUUUCCAGGGAGUUUUCCCGGACCUGCCCUGUUGUCCAUACUGAAAUUAAUAUUCGUCUUGUUUAUUCGGUUUCAAAUGUCAACGUCAAUCUGUUAAGCCCGUUUGUUGUCCGCGCAACAAAGUUUUUUCGUACGAAUGCAUGGUCUUUUUCCGCGAUUUCCGAAACAAAGCAAAAGCGACGCCGACAAAGAAAAACGUUAAUUAAAGCGAAAUUUUUAUAAAACGACUUUCGCGAAAAUCUUAAUGUCAUUAACGCAAUGGUUAUGCAUGAUUACUGUAUGAUAGGGGCUUUUUAGUGACAGAUUAUCCAUCAAGUAUUAGUAAUUACCCUUAGUUACCCUUACAGUCAAACAACGGUAACUCCGAAAAUAAACAUUUUAAUAUUCUAGCUUUCGACUAAGAUUCAGUCAUCAUCUUAUUUUCGGAGUUACCGUUGUUUUAUAUUUUAUUAAAAUACUCAGUGGUUCCCGUAAUUUUUUACUUACAGUAUAUUACCUACUUAGCCUUAGACUAUUUAUUUUUGCAACAAUUGUGGUAGUACUUUCGUAACUAUGUCUAUCCUAACCAUAGAAAUAUUAGACCUAGAAUGCGUGCUUGGUCACGUGACCGGUGUCCAAACUGAAAACAAAAAUG